AUGGCCCAAGCAGACCAAGCCCAGAAGCUGCUAUUGGCAGGCUCUUUACCAAACUGCUUCAACUGUCAACCCAAACCCUCCCCCAACCCUGUCUCCCCAUCUCCCUGUGCAGGCUCCACCCAUCUGUGUUCCACUCCACCUGCCAGACUGGGCAGGGCUGCUUACCCACCACCCUCAGGUUUCCCUACAGGUCUGGUGACAGGCUGGUCACUGGUCUUCCUGGCCUUUGAGUGGUGCUACACUGUCAUCUCUAAUUCCCUUGGCAACUUCUGCUUCAGCUCCAAGCAUGCACUGAUGGUAGUCCUGGCCACCUGGAUCACUGGUAUCGGCAUCUCCAUCCCACCCCUCUUUGGCUGGAGCGAGCUAAUCCCCGAGGGUCGUCAGUGUUCCUAUGGCCUGGGUUGGUACAGUGGCACCAAAUACCACAGUGAGUACUAUGUCAGGUUCCUCUUCAUCUUCUGCUUCAUUGUGCCACUCUGCCCCAUCUGCUGGGGGCCUUCAGAGUCAGACCCAGGAGCGUUCCAUGCUUGCAUCAUGAGGAUGGUUAGGAAGUCCAUGACAGAGGAGCCUGACGUGCCCAGCCUCCCGAACACAAAAGUUUCUACUCUCUCCUCUAGCCAAGUUGGUCCCAACUAAGGAGCCAAAUUCGUCUAUUUGCAGCAACUAGAAUUUCACAUUUAAGGAAAUUUCUACUUUCCCUGUCAAAAACCAAACUAACAAGCACAGAAAAAAGAUGGGAAAGGUAGUGACAGCAAUUUGGGGAGCCAGUUCUCCUACUCUUCCUUCCCUACCUAUAAAGCUACUGUUCCAGCUGGGUCUCCUUCAGACCACCCCACAGGCUACGCCAUCAUCAGCUUCUACUCUUAAGUAGCACUGUUCACGGCACCUGGAGAACUGACUUCUACAUACAAGGCAACUAUAAAGGAGGAGAGCUGAUUUUUCAGUGUAUGGAUAACAAUUAUUUUCCUUCUUAGUAACAUUCUUUUCCUACUGGGGGUUGUUCUGAGAUGAUACAUUCUGAACUAAAACAAACUUUAAAAAUCUUAGAAAUGGCAGAGACAUAAAGAAAAAACAGAACCUUCAGUAGACACCAAUGUGAGUCUGAAGUAACUUCAUGCUACCGCCGCCAAUAAUCACUGUAGCUUUGGCAGGCACAGCCAUGUCCGUAAGCCCUGAGCCAACAUGAAGU